GCUUCGGCCCGCCCCCGGCGGCGCCCGCGGAGGGCGAGAGGCGCACCGACCCGGCGGACGGCGGGGCCUACAGCCUCGACGAGUUCGUCGAGGUCUACGGCGGCUCCCGGGAGCGGCCUCCGCCGAACUGGCUCCAGGCCUCCGCGCCGGCCGAGCAGGGCUACGCGGCGAGCCUCCCGGCCUCCGUGCCCGCCAGCGCCGCGGGGCCCGAGUGGGGCGCGCCGUGCUCGGGCCAGGGUGCUCUGGCGGCCGCCGAGAGGCGCAUCGACCCCGCAGACGGGAACGCGUACACCCUCGAGGACUUCGUGGACGCCUACGGCGGGUCUUCGACUGCGCCGCCCUUCCAAUGGCACCAG